AUGAGCGGCGGCCUGAGCAAGCGGGAGGUGGAGGCUGCGGGAUGGCCUGGCCGGGCCAUCCAAGAUAUGGAAGAGGCAGCAGCCUGGCCGGGACUGGCCGCCGGAGGCAGGAGGCAUGAAGGACCUGGCUGUGGCGUGGGAAAAAUUCAUGCCCCUCAUGCUUUGGUGGUGGUGUUUCUGUUCAGAAUUGGAAGUUUAAGGAAGAAAUUGAUAGCAAUAUUUCAAGGUACUUACACCCAUUCCAGAAAACUUCCAUGUUUUGUAUUCAUGUAUAAGGGUCUGAUGGCCUUGCAGUCCAGUAUACAGGGAAAGAAGAUUCCACUUCACUCUUUUCUUGCAGCCUGUAUUGGGGGCUGGUUAGUAUUUUGGCGGAACAAUAAUAUCAACAGCCAGGUGAGCAACUACCUGCUCUCUCAUCGUUUGUUUGGCUUGUCUUGACUGGCAGUGGAGAAGGGCUACAUUUUGGACCCAAAAUGGGAUUCCUUCCCACUCUUUGCUGCUCUGAAUUGUGGGAUUGUUCUCUGGCUCCUCGAGUAUCAUCAACACACAUCAUUGAUAUCAUCAACAUACUCUUCAUUGUGUCAAGGAUACGUCUAUGAGGAAGGUAAUGUCUGGCAUGAUGUUUCUGACUUUGUCAUGUAUAAUGAAAGAUCCAUAAGCAAAUAUUUUUGA